AUGGGAGUCAACGGUCUUUGGACAGUCGUACAGCCUUGUGCCCGGCCCACCAACCUCGCGACACUCAAUCGCAAGCGACUCGCCGUAGACGCUUCUAUCUGGAUCUACCAGUUCCUCAAAGCCGUGCGCGACAAGGAGGGAAACGCCCUGCGCAACAGCCAUGUCGUAGGAUUCUUCCGGAGGAUAUGCAAGCUUCUGUGGUUCGGCAUCAAGCCCAUCUUCGUAUUCGACGGUGGAGCCCCCGCCCUGAAGCGCGCCACUCUGCAAGGGCGGCGCAGGCGCAGGGAAGGCAGACGCGAUGAUGCAGUGCGUACGGCCGGUAAGUUGCUUGCUGUGCAGAUGCAGAGGAUCGCACAGGAGGAGGAGGAGAAGCGCAAGGAGAGACAGCGGCGCAGGAAUGCCAGCCCGGAGGAUGGGGCUGCCCCUGGCGAGGAGCUUCCCGACAUGAGCAAUAUGGUCUACGCCGACGAGGCCUUCAAGCCGGAAGAGGAACGCAAAAAGGAGAGGAAAUUCUUUCGGCAGGAUCAGUACCACCUACCGGAACUUGAGACCAGCAUCGAAAAGAUGGGCAAGCCGGAGGACCCUCGGAUCAUGAGCGUCGAGGAGCUGGAGGACUACGCGAGACAGUUCCACAACGGUGAGGAUGUCAACUUGUACGACUUCAGUAAAAUCGAUUUUGAUGGCGAGUUUUUCAAGAGCUUGCCACCCGCAGAUCGGUACAACAUCCUUAACGCGGCAAGAUUGCGCAGUCGGCUCAGAAUGGGACUGAGUAAAGAACAGCUAGGAGUCAUGUUUCCCAACCGCAUGGAUUUCUCGAGGUUUCAAGUUGAGCGCGUCCAAGAGCGUAAUCGUCUCACUCAGAGGCUCAUGUUUGAGAUGAAUAUGGUGGGCGACUUGACAGUCACAGGUGGCGGACGAGUUGCUGGUGACAAGAAUCGAGAGUAUAUUCUGGUGAGGAACGAGAAUGCCGACGGUGGCUGGGCACUGGGUGUCGUCAGCACCGAGAAAGAUUUGGGGGAAGCUCACAAGCCGAUUGAUGUCGACAAAUUGCACUUCAAGUUUGAAGCAAAGGACGAAGGCGCAGACGCGGACGAGGAUGAAGACGAAGACUUUGAGGAUGUGCCAAUAGAAGGACUCAAUCGUCUACCGAAGAUUCGAGGUCACAGAGUACGAUUGCAAGACGACGAUCAGGACGCGGAGUCACUAUUCGGAGACGGAAACGAAGCCAGCAAUGACUUAUUUGUGGCCCAGGACGAUGAGGACGAUCUCAUGGCUGAUGAAGAUGAAGAUGUCGCACGAGCAAUCGAGAUGUCCCUGCGAAACCAACAUGGUGCCAGCAAGGAGGCGGAAGGGAUCCAGGAAGAUGAGCAAUUUGAAAAUGUGGAAAUACCUGACUGGAAGCAAAAAGCCGUGGAAGUGCCGAAGCCAAUCGCGUCCACGAGCGGUAGCAUGGUCGCUCACAUCAUCAACAAUCGAGCCAAUGCGGCUGUCCCAAAGAGAAAGCAAAGUGCCGACAGCGACAGUGAAGAAGACCUGCAAGCAGCGUUGAGGGCCGCAAGGAAGAAGAAAUCCGCAGUGAAACCUAAACCAACGGAGCCGAUGCGACUCAAUGUGAAGAAUCCUUUCGACGGGCCUCUACCGUUUGAGAAACUGAAUUGGAAGAACUCGGUAUUCGAAAAGAAGCCCGAGCCUAAAGCCAAACCAGAUGAAACUCUCAAAGACAUCUUCGAAUCCGAGGGUGGCUUUCAAAUUGAAGUGCCUGACGAUACCUCGAGUAACAAAGUUCGACCGGCAGGCUCGGAAGAUACAGGUCACCUUGAAGACGAGAAUUUCGAGGGAGGUUUCGAGAAAGACACUAGUGCAGACAAAGCACCGCAACCGUUGCCUCCAUGGAUGGUGAAUGACGAAUCAGAUAUUCGGGAGAACAUGCAGAAGCAGCGACGUAUCGAGACCGAGGUGAAUGAGGAGGAUCAGCGACUAGCGGAGGAAGAACAGCGCCUCCGAAUGAAGCGACGGAAUGAAGUAGUCCAAAUUGAAUCGUCUGAUGACGAUGACGACGGCUUCGAAAUUGUGGAUGCGCCGCCAAUCAAGUCUGCUACCCUCGAGAGAUCGGGCGCGAAUGAGACAUCAACCACGAAUACUGGUUUCACGAUCACAUUACCACCGCUUAAUAAUGAAACUUCUGAAGGUGUAUCGACAGCAAGCUCGGAGGCAAAACCAGGAGAUGUCAUCAGUCAGAAUGGCGAGGGCGAGAACAGGGUUAGUGAGGACCAGACGGACCCACGUCGUUCUCCGUCAUCUGAGAUGGAGUUUGAGAAUGUUGAGUUGCCGCAACACAGCCAUGCAGUAGGGUCCUCUCCGAAGCAAGGGCAGCAGGAAGAUGACCUCGAAGAUACAAUAUUUGAGGACGUUGAAUUGCCGCAGAAGCAACUCAAAGUUGAUGAGGCGCCUGCACCAGCCAAAAACCCGCCGCAAAUCGAAGAACUCGGCUUGAAAGAUGUUACGCCUCCAACACCACCAAUAGCUCAGCAGGAGCGAAUCGAAGGACUCGGGCCAGUGGCCGACCCAGCCAUAGCAGAUGAUGACGGUAUAUUCUCAGACGGCGACUACGAGGAAUUCAGUGACCCUGAGGAAGAACAGCUUCUUGCACAGAUGGCUGAGGAGGCCGAAGAGCACGCCCGAUUUGCAAGUCAGCUGAACAACAAGCCAGCCUACCAGAACCAGGAGGACUACGAGCGGGAGCUGCGGGCAUUGCGGACCCAACAGAAGAAAGAUAGGCGUGACGCCGACGAGGUGACUCAAAUCAUGGUGACCGAGUGCCAGGCCCUGCUGCGCUUGUUCGGCAUCCCAUAUAUAACAGCACCGAUGGAAGCAGAGGCUCAGUGCGCCGAGCUGGUACACCUCGGACUCGUCGAUGGUAUUGUCACCGACGACUCUGACAUUUUCCUGUUCGGCGGCACGAGGGUCUACAAAAACAUGUUCAACAGCAACAAGUAUGUCGAGUGCUACCUGUGUGACGACCUUGAAAAGGAACUAUCGCUCUCCCGCAACCAGCUCAUCUCGAUAGCGCACCUCCUCGGGUCCGACUACACUGAAGGUCUUCCAGGAAUCGGGCCUGUCACGGCCGUGGAGAUCCUCUCGGAGUUUCCGGGACGGGAAGGUCUGACUGGGUUCAAGGAAUGGUGGACAGAGGUGCAGCAGAAUGUCAACCGGCCUAAGGAGGCCGAUGCACACUCGGCGUUCCGGAAGAAGUUCCGCAAGAGCCAGGCCACCAAGCUCUUCUUGCCCCCGAGCUUCCCCAGUCCAGCUGUCUACGACGCCUACUUGCACCCGGACGUUGAUAAGAACCCGGAGCAGUUCCAAUGGGGGGCGCCAGACCUGGAGGGGCUGCGGCGGUUCCUGAUGGCGACGAUCGGAUGGAGCCCAGAGCGGACCGACGAGGUGCUCGUGCCAGUCAUCAAGGAUCUGAACCGCAGGGACAUGGAAGGCACGCAGAGUAACAUUACAAGGUAUUUUGAGGGCAGCGUAGGCGUUGGUGCGAAGGAGGCCUUUGCGCCUAGGCAAAGGCAAGCAGGGAGUAAGAGGAUGGCGGCUGCGGUGAACCGACUGCGAGCCAAUGUCAGUGGGGCUGGAGCAGCAGAGCCAGACAACUCUGGUGAGGGCACACCAGUCAUUGGAACUGAGAAUGCUUCCCGGGGGAGCAAUGGAGGGAAGACUCGAAAGCGCAAGGCUCGAGCGGCGGCUGUCUUGGAGAGCGACGGUGAUGACGAUGAGGAUGACAACGAUCGUGAUGAUGACUUUGUUGACGAGGACAGGCAAGGGACAAGUGGGACGGCUGGCACUCGAAGUAGAGGUCGGGGGAAAGGAAAAGGGAAAAAGGCAAAGACCUAG